UCUUUCUGUGCCACCAUAGUGGUAAAUGUGAAUGUCCUGGCCAGUGCUCUCAAGAGCAUCAACAAUGCCGAAAAGAGAGGCAAACUCCAGGUUCUUAGGAGGCCAUGCUCCGAGGUCAUUGUCCGGUUUCUAACCGUGACGCUGAAGCAUGGUUACAUGGGCGAAUUUGAAAUCACUGACGAUCACAGAGCUGGGAAAAUUGUUGUGAACCUCAUGGGCAGGCUAAAGGAGUGUAGAGUGAUCAGGCCCAGAUUUGAUGUGCAAUGCAGAGAUCUAGAAAAAUGGCAGACAAACCUGCUCCCGUCCCGCCAUUUCGGUUUCAUUGCACUGACAACCUCAGCGGGCAUUAUGGACCAUGAAGAAGCAAGACAAAUACACGCAGGAGAGAAAAUGCUGGGAUUCUUUUUCUAG